AUGUUGUUAGGUAUACUCCUCCGUUUUAGGAAAGAACGAAUAGCAGUUACAGCUGACAUAGAACAGAUGUUCUACAACUUCUGUGUGUCAGAAGAGCAUAGAGACUACCUCCGUUUCCUGUGGUUUGAAGAUAAUGACCCACAGAAGCCACUGGUAGACUACAGGAUGACUGUGCAUGUGUUUGGGAAUAGCACAUCCCCAGCUGUUGCCACAUACGGGAUCAGAAAGAUUGUUGAAAACUGUGAAGAAGAUGUGAAAGCAUUUGUGAACAACGACAUUUAUGUUGAUGAUGGGCUGACGUCUUUACCAACAGUGCCGCAAGCUGUCAGUCUGUUGUCCCGUGCCUCAAAAGCAUUCGAGAUGGAAGGUAUCAAGAUGCACAAAAUUGCCUCGAACAGUGACAAAGUGAUGAUGGAGUUUCCACCAAAUGCAUCGGCGGAUGGAGUCAGAGACCUGACCUUAGAGCAACUUCCUGUCCAGAGGAGUUUAGGCCUACUUUGGGACCUUAAUACGGACACAUUCACCUAUGAAAGUACCAAUGAUGCCAAGCCUUAUACGAAAAGAGGUGUUCUCUCCACCAUAAAUAGCCUGUAUGACCCUAUUGGUUUCCUGGCCCCUGUCGUGUUGGAGGGCAGGCAGUGUAUGAGAGACCUAAUGACGUCACAUGCAGAUUGGGAUAGCCCUCUUCCGCCGGACAAGCACUUGAAAUGGACUCGGUGGAAGGAGUCCCUUCUGCAGCUGAAUCACAUAAACAUCCCCAGAACCUACUCAGCAUUACCAUUGUGUGAAGCCUCAGAUAUAGAAGUUCAUGUGUAUUCCGAUGCCUCGGAAGCCGCUAUAGCUGCUGUAGCAUACCUUUUGAUACACCACAAAGGUAGUAAACCAGAAACAACCUUUAUAAUGCGUAAAUCAAAACUUGCACCAUCAAGAGGGAAUUCUAUUCCAAGGCUAGAGCUUUUUGGAGCUGUUUUGGCAACAGAAGUUGCAGAAUUUGUGCUAGAACAUUUAAACAUAGCUGCAAGGAUCAGAUUUUUUGUGGACAGCAAAGUGGUUCUAGGAUACAUAAACAACAGAUGCAGGCGGUUUUACACCUACGUUGCUAACAGAGUUGAACGCAUCAAACAGUCGACAAGUCCUGCCCAGUGGAGCUACGUGCCGACCAAUCUAAAUCCAGCAGAUUGUGGUACUAGAGGAGUUGCUGCUGAAAAUCUGAUGUCAAGCUCCUGGCUUGUGGGACCACAUUUUUCUGGAAGUGCGGAAAAUAAGGUGCCAUAUUGCUUAGUGAACCCUGAUGAAGACAAAGAAGUGAGACCAGAGGUGACGACUAUGGCAACAAACGUUACAGAGAAGACUAAACUUGGCACUGCAAGAUUCUCAAGGUUUUCAUCAUGGACCCGUCUUUUGAUAGCACUUUCCUGCAUAAAGCACAUUGCCAAUAGUUUCCUCUCCCGUGAAAACAAGUCAGACUGUACUGGAUGGCAUGUAUGUUCCAAUUCACAGGACGUCUCUCAUUACAGACAAGCUGCAGCGAUUAUCUUGAGAGAGGUACAGAAAGAACAUUACGCAGAUGAGUAUAUGUCAUUGGAGAGAGGGAGACAACUUCACCCAAGCAGUCCAAUUGGCAACUUAUCUCCUUUCCUUGAUGAGCAAAAGGUCAUGCGAGUAGGAGGGCGACUGAAGUUCGCUGAUUUGCCCCAUAUAGAGAAGCACCCUGUCAUUCUCCCCGGAAGUCAUCAUGUAGCAUGCCUACUGGUUGAACAUGUCCACAGAAAGGUACGUCAUCAGGGACGCCAUUUCACUGAGGGGGCUGUACGUGCUGCUGGAUAUUGGAUUGUAGGAGGGAAAAGGCUUAUUUCCUCAGUAAUUCAUCAUUGCGUCACAUGCCGUAAACUACGUGGAUCGUUUGAGACCCAGAAAAUGGCAGACCUGCCUAGAGACCGUCUAACCAUUGCACCCCCUUUUCCUAUGUUGGUGUUGACACCUUUGGCCCAUGGCAAGUUGUCAGCAGGAAAACUCGUUCUAGUCAAGCAUCCAGUAAACGAUGGGCCAUCAUUUUCACAUGUUUAG